AUGCCAAAGCCAGUCGCUUCCGAGGCUGAGGUGCCAAGCCACGUCACUGGCCACGACAACCCAGAUAGCCCAGACAAUAGAACCCAAGAACCUGAGAUGAAGGUCCAACACGAUAUCCGUGAUGGUGCUGCCGCCCAAUCCCCUUCACCUACGGCUGCAGAAAAAUCCACCGAUGACCUCGCGACGAGUGAAGCCGACGACUCUGAAGUGCCCAGCGAGGCUACAGGCAACGCGCCAGCCGAUUCUCCCAAGGAGGUAGUUACCGAAACAUCAAGCGCCCCUCCGCUUCCCAAGGAGCCUCUCCCUGACGAAUCUGCACAAGAUGAUGGCUGGGACUGCCAUUGGGACCCGACGCAGCAAGCCUGGUAUUUCCACAAUCACAUUACCAAUGAAUAUACCUGGGAGAACCCCCGAGUGCCCUCAGGACAGCAAGCAUCUACAGAGGCCAACACGCAACUUCAGACCCCUCCUGCUACUGCUGUUCCACCCUUGAAUGAACGCCCGCCAGCUGGUGGGUAUAAUCCUGCUAUCCACGGCGAUUACGACCCGAACGCCUGGUAUGCUAGGAACAAUGAAGAGGAUGCCGAUCACGAUGCUCCUGUAAUGGAUACUGCCACGGCUUAUGCCGCCAUCGGCUCCUUCAACCGGUUCACUGGCCGGUGGCAGAGUGACGAACAGAAUCCAGAACGUCACAAUGAUGAAGCCAAGUCUCGCCGGCAGAUGAAUGCAUUCUUUGAUGUCGAUGCUGCUGCAAACGCACAUGAUGGACGGAGCUUGAAAGCUGAGCGCUCUGGCAAGAAGCCUUCCAAAUCCGAACUCAAGCACUUCAAGGAAAAGCGUCGAGCCAAGAAGGAAGAAAAACGACGAGCGUGGCUCCGCGAUUAA